AUGCUUCCUCCGUUUGACUACUUUCAGUACCGUAGCGCUCGCAACUUCAAGCGCAACCAAAGAUCGCAACGCUUUGCUUCUCUGCCCUCUGUCUAUCAUGCUCCAUUCUCUGCAUUUGACCAGUCGGUGAUCGACAAGCCAAUCGAAGAGCUCGUCCAAGACGUCCACAAAGGCGCCCUCGCCCCCAUCGAUGUACUACAUACAUAUGGCAAGAUCGCCAUUAAGGCACAGGAGCGAUGCAAUUGCAUAACAGAAUUGCUGAUUCCAGAGUCCGAGGAAUGGGCAAAGUCCGGAAUCAACCUUCAGGGGCCAUUGGCUGGUAUUCCCGUCUCGUUGAAGGACUCCAUCCAGGUUGGUGGCUUUGACACCUCCGUGGGCUAUACGAGGUACACCCGUCAGCCAGCUGCAAAGGAUGGUGCCCUAGUUAGGCUAUUGAAAGACGCAGGUGCUGUUCCGUAUGCAAAGACCGCCCUUCCAAUCACACUACUCUCGUUCGAAUCUACCAAUGAUCUCUGGGGAGUCUGCCGUAACCCCCACGGGACUGCCUUUACUCCUGGUGGCUCCUCUGGUGGUGAGGCUUCUCUAUUGGCUAUGGGAGGCCGUAUUGGUGUUGGCUCUGAUGUUGCUGGUUCCGUCCGUCUUCCUGCAGCAUGGAGUGGUUGCUAUUCUCUCCGCUGCAGCACUGGUCGAUGGCCAAAGGCUGGUGUCAGCACCAGUAUGGCCGGACAGGAGGGCGUCCCCAGUGUCUUCAGCCCUAUGGCAAGAACACUCAAUGAUUUGACCUACUUUGCCCGCUCCAUUAUUGGAAUGGAGCCAUGGAAGUACGACACCACAGUUCACCCCAUCGUCUGGAGGAGUGAGGUAGAAAAUGAGGCCAAGACAAAGAAGCUCCGAAUUGGUGUUAUGAGAUCCGAUGGCGUUGUACCACCAACUCCCGCAGUUGCCCGUGGAAUCAACACCACUGUUGCUGCUUUGACUGCAGCCGGACACACGAUCGUCGAGGUCAAGGAGCCAGCGACUGCCACUUCCCUAAUGGGGCUUAAUCUCGCUUCCCUUCUGCUAAAUGCUGAUGGCUGUGAAACUUUCAAUUCUCACCUGCAAACUGGUGAAGCUUCUGACCCAGGCGCUGUCCACCUAACCAAUUUCUCUUGGUUCUCCUGGCCAUUCCGAUAUGCCUACUACCUCUUCGUACGCUAUAUCAAGCGUGACCCUACAUGGGCCUACCUUCUCCGUGACUUUGGCCUCAAGACUGCUACUCAACAAUGGAAGCUUGUUGCUCAGCGUGAAACCUUCCGUGCUACAUGGCACGAGUGGUGGAACGCUAAGGAGCAAGACUUUGACUUCAUUCUUUGCCCUGUCAAUGCCACCCCUGCGCUUCCUCAUGGCGCUAUGACCGAUGCCAUCAGUGCCUGUGGUUAUACUUUCUUCUGGAACAUGCUUGAUUACUCUGCCGGUGUCGUUCCAGUCGGACACGUCGAUGCUAAGAAGGAUGCCCUUAUUGGCCCCGACGGCAAGAAGGGCAAGAAUGUGUACAAGCGCGUGUUGAAGAACUUGGGCGUUGACAGUGCUGUCUCCCGCGGUGCUUGGAAGUACUACGAUGCUGAUGCUAUGCACGGUCUCCCCAUUGCGGUCCAGGUUGUUGGACGAAGAUGGCACGAGGAGAAGGUUAUCGGCUGUAUGCAUGCCGUUGAGCAAGCUUUGGAAGAAUACAAGGGCCCUGGUGGUGAGGGCGGAAAGUACCAGCUCUUGGAGGUUGACUAA